UUUUCUUAAUUCCAAAAAAAGAGAAAAUAAAGAAAAGGGAGGUGCCCCAGACUGAGAAAUACUCCUUUAGAAAUUAGUAAAUUGAAAAUGAAAAAAAACCCUUCACUAAAACCCCAGCCCCUUUCCUCUGUCACUUCACUCCCUUAGAAAACACCCACAAAAAUGGCGGCCUUCAAACACCUUCUCUCCCACGGCCACCGCCUCCCCAAUCCGCCGCCCCCUCGCCAUCUCGUGUCUCUCCUCCGCCGCCACUUCUCCUCCGAGCCCCAACCAACCCCCCUCCCCAAUCCUAGCUCCCAACCCAACGACAAUUUCCGCAAUCCCGUUCCUAUCCAACCCGUAUCCUACCCCACCAAACCCAAAGCUCCGCUGCCCGAAGAAAACCAGCCGGAAUAUCCACCGGAAAGGCAAUUCAACCAGUCAGAAGAAAAGGAUGGAACGCCGCAAGAGAGCGAAAUACAGAAUGUGGAGAGGCGGUCGUGGAGUCGGGACGAAAUGCGGUAUAUGAAGGAUGGACCAGCGAUAUCUCCGGUUUCUUACGCUGCCCGGGUUGCCCCGCUGCCCGAGGAUCGGGCGAAUGUGGAGGAGGAAGAGAAGGGGGGUAGGUUUGAUGAGAUGAUGAAGGAGAGGAUGAAGAUUGAGGAGUAUAGGAGGAUGGGGGGUUUGAGGUAUGGUAGAAUGGAGGUGGCGAGGGAGGAGGUGGAUUUGCCUUUCCCUAAGCUGAUUAAGGUGGAGAAGGGUGAUAAGAAAAGUGAGGAGAAAGGCAAGGUGUAUGAUGUCAAGGAGGCUAUUCGCCUUGUAAAGGCUAAUGCCAGGAAAACUUUUGAAGAAACUUUAGAGGCUCAUGUAAGAAUGACUCGCGACUUGGUUCGAACUGAUCUGAAGCUGGAUGGUUCUGUGCGCCUUCCACAUGGUGCUGGCAAGACGUAUCGGGUGGCUGUCUUUGCGGAAGGAACAUCUGCAGAUGAAGCCCGAGAUGCUGGAGCCGAUGUCGUCGGCGGCCCUGAGCUGGUGGAUAGUAUCGUUGCUGGUAAAGCAAAAAUAGAUUUCGACAAGUGUAUUGCUACUCCGGCCAUGAUCAAACAUUUGAAAAAGAUAGCAAAAUAUCUGAAGAAAUUAAUGCCAGAUACCAAGAAAGGUACUCUAACCAAUGACAUAUCUCGGGCUGUCAAAGAGGCGAAGGAGCGUGUUCCUUUCGAGAAAGACAAAACUGCAAUUGUCCAUGUGCCCCUGGGGAAGGUUAAAUUUCCAGAAAAUAAUUUGAAAGAAAAUAUUGGUGCUUUUGUGCAUGCUCUUUUGCUUGCAAAGCCUGCGGGUUUAAAAAAGAGUUCUAAAUUCGCUGGGUAUGUAGACGCCUUCCACAUUACCAGCACGAUGGGUCGUUCUUACCCCAUUUCGAUUCAAUCCUUGUCUAUGGCUGCAGACCAGUUCAGCAAAACGCAAGUGAAGUGAGAAGGUGCAUGACGUUAUAAAAGAAUCCAAUUUAACCAAAUCCUUUGUUGUAGCUAAAGGUAUUUUUGCUCUUUGUUUUCACAUUUGCAAUGCACGGAUAGGUUAUAGAAUGUUAUAUCAACUAGUUUCUGCCAUGUUUGAGAGGCAAGUUUUUGAGUUGUCUAUCAAAUUGAACAUUUUUAUAGAUGAGAAAUAAGUAGGUUUGUUUUUUCAGUAAAUUAAUGAUCCAUGAAUUAGUUGAAGAAUAGGGUAGAUUGAUAUUUGAACUAGUUGAUUAUGAUUUAAAAGUUGACAGAAUAUUGAUCUGCUUUAAACGAGUGACUGUUUAGAACAAAUGUUGUUUCGAUUAUUUUUGUUUUCAAAUCAAGAUUUGACCCUUUGUUUUUGUACUGUUGCCAAUCGAAGAUCCAUGUGGAAUGAUGGGCGGAGCCAAGAUUUCUUGUGUGGUGUAUGCUGCGUCAGAAUAAUAUUGAAAAAGAUGUGGCUACAUUUUGACUUUCUUAGGCUUUUUAGUAAAUCAAUGUCGUUUCUAUGAAUUCUUUUUAUCUUAUUUUUUAAUUAAAAGAUGUUAUUUUGAUGUA